ACAGAAGUUUCAGUCAGAUUUCGAACGACCGGCCGAGCGCAUUGUUUUGCGUGCUUGUUUUGUGCCAAGAAAAACGUGUUUCAUCCCGGGAGAGGACGAAUUUCUCCGGGUAGUUUUCGGUUAAUUUCGCAAUCGGGUUGCGUGAAAUUUGUUAUAAAGUGUCUGAAAUUCCCAGUUCACAAUGAGUAAAGAGGAGGAAGUCCCCGCUAGAGUGACCCGUGGAGCCCUCCGGCGGAUGUCGGUGGAACAGGAACCGACUCCUUCGGCACCCGGAACGCCGAAAAAGACAACAGUUACUGGAGGCGGUGCCACAGCCGCAAAGAAACUAGCCGUGCUCGAUGCCAUUCAGGAAGGAAGCAGCAAUGGACCAUCCGAUGCCGAGCUGGAGGAAGAUUCCGGUGGUCGUGGGGCGAAGGGCAAGAAGGACACAUCACUGGUAGGGAAUCGCUCCGUUCACAAGGUGAAGGAGCAGGACAAGAAGGGACCCCCAAAUCGUCAACUGGUGUCCUCGUUGACCGAGGAGAACGUAAGUCUUCUGGACAGUUUUGGCCUUGAGGUCCGCAGAACUCCGCGGAGGCGUCCGUCGCAGGAUCUGACCCUCACGCCGCAGACACUUCCCAAGCGAGUAACCCGCCGGAACAGUGUCACCUCGGACGAUGGCAAUUUGGCGGCGGCCACUCCAAAGGCCUCCAGAACCCGCCACAGUAUUGCGGCUCCGCCCAUAAUCGUGGAGGACGACGAGAAGGAAGAGCAUCCUCCGAAUGCCACGGAAACGGCAGAGGCGGACCUGUCCGAUCUGGAUAUCCGGAAGCUAAGGAAUAGAUCGAUUUCCAAUUCUCCCAUUCCGAGGGCUUCGCCUUCCGGGAAGAAUGCCUCUAUGACGUCCGGGACGAGCCCGGUCAAAGCCGGAAACGAAACAGCGAGUCCCCAGAAGACGGAACUGCAGGAGAGCGAAUCCUUUGUCGAUGUGGUGUCGAUCACUCCGGUGAAGAGCGGACAGAAUCAGGAAGAGGACAAGCAGGAGCAGGAGAAACCAUUGAAGAAGGAUGUGCACUUUGACGAGGGGACGCCGGAUCAGCUGAACAAGAGCAAGUACCCGAAGACGCCGGUUGCCGCCUCCGGGGAGAAGCGGCGCAAGCUGAGCGAGAAGUUGGCAGUUGAAGACGACGAUGAAUCGGUUUCGACGACCUCCGAUGUCAUCAUCGUUGAUGAAACCAUCAAGGAAUCGCCGAAAGAGGCCAACCAGCCGCCAGCAACGCCCAAGACCCCCACGAAGGCAAGCGAAUCGCCCAAAAAAGUUCAGAAAAUAACCGUAGUCGAUGAAACAAUCAAGGAGUCCCCCGUCAAAGCUACUCCGGUUAAAGCGUCGCCGAAAACUCCCUCCAAAGCAAGUGGAACGCCCAAAAAAGCCAGCGAAACGCCCAAAAAAGCCGCGGACGAACCCUCGGAAGAAGUGGAAGAAUCCCUGAACGAAUCCAUCGACGCCUCGAUAGCGGGCAUCGUCGAUCAGGUCCGCGAGGACAUGAACCGGACGGAUCUGUCGAUGUCGAUCCUGGGAACGCCGAAGCCCACCAAGGGCAAGUCCCACUUCUCCCAUCUGCGCGAGGGUUCCUCGUCGACACCGAUCGCUGCCAAACAGGCACCUCUGGACGAGAUUCCGGAGGAGGAACAGAAGGAUGGGGAGGAGGUGACACCACCGGCUUCGAAAUCGUGGAGCCAAGCCGUGAAGGGAUCCGGCAAGGGCAAGGGCAUCGAUGUGUUCAGCGUGAGGAAGCAGGAAGAGGAAGAGAAGCGGGAGGAAGAGGUGAAGACGCUGAACGAGUCGCUGAAGAGGAAGUCGUUGGAGAAGAAGCUGUCUUUGAGGGUGAACGAGGAGGAUGAAGAGGAGGACGAGGAAGAUGAAAUCGACGCUUCGCAGAAGAGGAGCAGCUUUGUGGACGACGAAGCAAUGGAGGUGGAUGAGUAUGAGUCGGGCGACUCAAUGGACAGUGAAACUCGAGCGGAGAUUGAGAAUAAUAAGGCCGAUGAGUUCGGAGAGAGCAUCGGUAGCCAGGAUACGGACGAGGAGGAUGAGGAAGAUGAGGAUGACGAUUCGUUCAUCGCGUCGGAUGGCGAAGAGGUGGGCGAACUGCUGGAUGGCACCGGUGACGAUCUGCACUCGGAAGAGGAAGCUGACCGAUCGAGCAAGAAGAAGGAGAAAAAGCGAAAGCGCAUCGUGCAACAGUUGGAUUCUAGUGAGGAUGAGAAGGAAACGUCCAAGGCGGAGAAAUCGACGGCGAAUGAGAGAAAUGUGUCGUUAGCUAAAUCUCCUAAGAAGGGCGAUACUUCCAAGCGCUCGGACGUUUCGAAGACUGAUUCAGUUAAUGAGAGUAAAGUCUCGGUAACUAAAUCGCCGAAAAAGGGUGAUACCUCCAAACUUUUGGGCGUUUCGAAGAUUGAUUCGCCCAAGAAGACUCCGGCGAAAACCGUUGAUGUGAAAUCGCCGAAAAAGACCCCUGCUAUGAAGUCUUUGGAUAAGGAAGAAGUCCAGGAGACAUCAACUGAGGAUUUGAAUGCCUCUACAACAGUUGAAGAAACAACAACAGCAUCUCCGAAGAAGAAUACAUCGCUUCAGCAAGGUCCAGAAUCGCCCGCAAAGGUCACCUCUUCAAGCGACGUCGUCGAAUCACCCAAGUCACCGAAGAAGACUCCCGCAAAAGCAUCGCCCCAGGCCGAAACAAAGGAAGCCAAGAGCGCCGAAAAGCGUCGCUCGUCAAAUGCUAUGGAAGACACGUCGGACACGGUCAAGUCGCGCAAGUCACUCCCAACACCGGCCCUCAUUUCGGCCGAUUUCUACUCUUCGUCGGCGAAGAAAGCCAAGCGCAACACAAUGGACGUUACGACGAAUGGCAACGGCGAGCAGAUGGCGACAGAGGAACAAUCGAAGCCAUCGACCAAGGAAGAGUUGGGCAACUUGGUAACGAAUCCAGCGGCGUUGGCUCUUGCCAAGAAGAACAAGCGACUCUCGCAGGGACUGUCCCCCGCAAGCAAGCAGGACAAACGGGCUUCCCUGCCGGGUAAGUUGCCACUCGAGAAGGAGCUGGACACUCCGCUGAAGAAGAAGAAGUCAGGCAAAAGCAAGGAAAAUUCAGGAGAGGAGACGAACGAAGAUUCAGUCGAGCCGAUGGAGGUGGAUGAGGAAGAGAUGGAACCGGAGGAGACGCAGCCAUCGCCCAAGAAGCCGAUAGUCCAGAAGAAGAAACCGAAGGAUUUGAGUGAGUUCGACACGGAAGCCAUUCUGUCGCGGUGCAACGAGAUCGUACGGGUGGAUAGAGAGAAGCGCAAGGAGAGUGCCACGCUGAGACAGAAGAAGAAGGACGAGAAACGCCGCCAGCGGGAGCAGGAGAAACAAGAAGAAGGUGCCGAGGGAGAAGCAGACGAAUCCACGGAACAACAGAAGAAGAAGAAAAAGAAGAAGAAGAAACAGGUGAACUAUCUGCUGGAGGAGCUGGGCGAAACCAAGGAGGAUCAGCUGGCUCGGGCGCUGCAGCGCAAGAUGGCCCAACUGGAGGCAAAGAGGGAGCGCAAGAAAGCGAAGAAGGCUGCCAAACUGCGCGAGCAGCUGAACAAGGAGAAUCAACAGGAGGACGGCAAACCAAUCGAAGGAAUCGCUGCCAAGUUGGAGAAGAAGGCGAAGAAAGCCAAGAAGGCGGAGAAGGAGAAAGAAGCGAAACUUGUCGUCUUGAAGCAACCGGUACCGGUGGUGAAACGAGCUAUUUCCGCGUUUGCCAUGUACAGCGAGCAGAUCGACGAACUGAAGAAGGCCAAAGCGGAGAAGAAGAAGCCAAAGAGCAAACAGCUCAAGGAGAAGAAUCAACAGCCGGCGGCUCCGACAGCCGUAGAAGAAGUUCAAGCAGCACUUCAGGUUAAACAGAAGAAGGACAAAAAGCACAAACACGUGGAAGUUUCUUCGCUGGAAGUGAUGUCAUCACCGGAAGAACAUUCCAAACUGGACAAGAAAAGGGAUGUCUCCGACACGGUUGUGGAAGAACCUGUCAAGGAACUUGUCUCCGUGAAACAUAAGAAGAAAGACAAAUCAGAUGACGCAGCUCCCAAAAAGAAGGAACUCGAAAAGGUCAACACUGCCCCCCUCAAAUCGGUACUGUCCCUCGACGAUGAGCUGGCCCAGUUUAAGAAAUCCCUAUCCGAACCGAUCGCCAAAGUUGUCAAGAAGCAAAAACUAUCUCACACAGAAUCGAGCAUUGCCACUGUCACGGCCCCACGAGAAGUCACUCCACCACGCAAGACCACCACCGGUAAGUUGAAGGCCCUCUCCCGGUUGGAGGCGGGCUUCCACGAGGAACCCGUAACGCCGGAUCACAAACUGCUCAAACGGAACCACGGCUUCAAGGAGGAACCCGUCACGCCCAAGACGAUCGGAUUCAAGGUUUCCAGUGUGCUGCCUGCCGGACAGGAAGCCCUCAAACAGGAAGCCAUCGUUGCCAAGAAGAAGAAAACCUACCACAACACGAACCGCAUUCGGCCGGAGGAUGUGAAGGAACCUGCGAAGGGACUGCCCCUGCCCAUCUGGACGCGAUCCGGAACGUUCGAAGUGGAGGAACUGUCGGAAGGAAAGUCGAAGAAAUCCUCUAAGGGGUCGAGCGAUUACGUGCCACUGAGCGUCAACGGAGGCGCUCACAGUAGUGCGACGGAGUUCCUGGUGAAACCACUCGGCGGUAAGAGCGCCAAGAGGGAGGACAAAACGAGCGGAGGCGUAUCGAAGGUGCACCGGAUCGAUACGGCCACCGUGGACGACUCGGUGAUCAACUUCAAGAAACAGGCCAUUUUCGGUAAGAAUGCACAUCUGAGGGAGAAGAAGUCGAAACAUUGAGGCCGGGGCGGCGCGUUUCAGUUCUAUCUUUCGCUUUCUUUUCUUACUACUGAAUGUUUUGUAUCGUUUGUAUCGUUAAGCCUUUGAAAAUGAAUAUCUUUUAGUUCGUUUUUAAGGAAUACAUAGUUGUUCAUACUUCAA